AUGUCUGCUCCAACGAUAGAGAGUACGUCCCAAUCUAUCUAUGAUAACUUACUCUCCACGAUGAUCCAAGAUAUUGUUGCCAGGAGCACGACUCAAGCAAAAACCUUGCGUGCUAGAUAUGGAGACAACUCUACGACGUAUUACUAUGACAAAUCUGGUGCCUUAGAUAUCAACGGUAUGCCCAAGCAACAGGAUAGCGCCAUCUACUUUCAUUGUACCCAUUGCGGCAGGGACGUUUCGGCCAAUCGGUUCGCAGCACAUGUUGAAAGGUGUCUCAGUCGGGGGAGGAGAUAG